AUGACGGAGUGUCCUUGCCAGUUCCUGUUCCUGUGCCAGUGCCUGUUCCAGUGCCUGUUCCUGUACCUGUUCCUGUUCCUGUGCCUGUUCCUGUGCCAGUUCCUGAGCCCGAUCCUGCGGAAGAUCCUGAAUUUGAUUCAGAAUCAACCGGCACGAAAAGCAGAAUCUAAAGCCCAGUCUCAAAAAGAAGCCACCAUGCGCCCAAUACAAGCCUUCUCCCUGGCCAUCCUGGCCGCUCUGGUGGUCCUUUCUAUGCAGGCAAGCACUCCAGCCAGCAGUUCAAGUAGCACUUCCCCAACCAGCAGCUCCACUUCCCCAUCAAGCAGCUCAACUUCCCCAUCCAGCAGCUCAACCUCGCCGUCGAGCAGCUCUUCCAGCAGUUCUGAUACCACGGCUACCACGACCACGACAGUGGCUCCAACAACCACAACCACCACGGCUGCCACGACCACCACUGAGGCGACGACCAAAAAGCACCAUCGCCGUCGCCAUAGGCGCCGUCGCGUUGUAAUUAUCCGCCGUGAGCGGGAAGGAGGCGAUGGUGUGCGUCGCAGGAGGAGCCGGGAGCUUGGUGAUGGCCGUAUUGUGAGGCGCAUCCGAGUCCGUGAACGUCGCGGCGUUCGCUCGACACGUCGCUUCCUUUGA